CACUCAGAGUGUGUUGUAAAAUCAUGUUCAUUUAUGGUCUGGCUUUCGAGUUAUAAAAAUUAAAAUUAAACUUUAAAAUUUAAAAUGAAUUUUCAAGCAUGUCUAUUAAAAAUUUUCUCGAUAUUCCUAUUUUUUUACAAUCCUGUCGAUUCAGGAGCACUGCAAUUAUCCAACAAUAAUAUUGAAAUGACGUUAGCAUCAAAUGAAUUAGUUAUAAUAAAUUUUUAUGCGGACUGGUGUCGGUUCAGCAACUUAUUGCAACCUAUUUUUGAUGAGGCAGCUGAUAAAGUUAAGGAAACAUUCCCAGAAACUGGAAAGGUGGUUUUUGCUAAAGUCAAUUGCGAUGUUGAGACAUCAAUUGCAACAAAGUAUCAUAUAACAAAAUAUCCAACUCUCAAAGUAUUGAGAAACGGUGAAGUCACUAAAAAAGAAUAUCGAGGACAACGUUCAGCUGAUGCCUUCGUCGAAUAUGUUAAGAAACAACUCGAAGACCCAAUCAAAGAAUUUGCAAGCUUGAAAGAUUUGGAAAAUUUAGAUGAUAAGAAGCGAAUCAUUAUCGGUUAUUUCGAUCGUCGUGAUCAAGAUGAAUAUCAGCUAUUCCGGAGAGUCGCUACAAAUCUCAAGGAAGAUUGUCAAUUUCAUGUUGGAUUUGGUGAUGUCGUCUUACAAAUGCAUCCACCUGGACAUCCAAUCGUUGUAUUCCGACCUGAUGUUGCACUUUCUCAUGAAAACGAUGAGACAUACCAAGGAAGUUAUACCAACAUGGAAGAAAUGAAUAAAUGGGUGCUUCAAAAAUGUGUUCCACUAGUUCGUGAAAUUACUUUUGAAAAUGCUGAAGAAUUCACCGAAGAAGGCUUACCAUUCCUUAUCUUAUUCUAUCGUCCUGGUGACACUGACACAAUUAAAGACUACAAAGCUGUCGUCGAAAACGAAUUACUCCCUGAAAAAUCAAAUAUAAAUUUCUUGGUUGCUGAUGGUGAUCGUUUUGCACAUCCUCUACAUCACUUAGGAAAAAGUCAGUCAGAUUUGCCGUUGAUAGCAAUUGAUUCUUUUCGUCAUAUGUAUUUAUUUCCUAACUUCAAAGAUAUGUAUACACCAGGAAAGCUUAAAGAAUUUCUUCAAGAUUUGUAUAGUGGAAAGCUUCAUCGAGAGUUUCAUUAUGGUCCUGAUGAGUCAAAAAAUAAAGAAGAAGAAGCUCCACAUCACCAUCAACAAGUCGAACAUCAUAAAAAAGGAACGCAACCACCAGAGUCGACAUUUAAAAAGCUUGGACCAUCAAAACAACGUUACACGAUACUAUCACCUCGUGAUGAGUUAUAAAUGAUUGAUAGCACAUAAUAACAGUUGAACAUUAACAAAAACUGUAAAAAUUUGUCAUCAAUGCGAUUCGUCAUUCAGAAAUGAAGAGAAAAAAAAAGAAAAACUACAAAAAUUGCCGUGAAAUUUUCUUACUUUUAAUUUAUUACCGAGUUGGAAAUUCCAAGGACAUCAACUUAAUUUUUUUUGUAAAUAAGAUUCUCAUCAAAUAAGCUUCAAAUGCCCUUUCUCCAGAAGAUCGUAAAAAUAUAAUUUCUGCCUGAACUUAUCGUGUUUUAAACUUUUUGAUAACAAAAAAAAAAAAGAACUUCAGUUUUUCUCUUUUAUUUAAACUAAAAUAGUUUUUUUUAAACAUCCAAUGAUUCAAUAUGUCAGUGAUAAGUGAUGAUAAGAACAUUGUCAUUGGUUACAUUCUAGUGUAAGUUAUCAGCUUUUGUAUUAAUUAAAUGAAUUGAAAACGUGAUUGAAUAAUUCAAAUCUCGAUUUAAAUAAUAAUAAUUUUAAUGUAUUUAAUUAAUAAAAUAGUCACUCGAGGAUAUUUCUGACAAAAAGAAGAGUGAAACUGCUCAAAAAUAGGAAAACCUCACCUUUAAGUGAAACUGAAUUUCCAGUCAAAGAAUCGUGUUCACCUAAAACGUCGUCGUCAUCAUCAGAGUCGUCAUCAGUCUCGUCCAUAGUUCCAAUCAUUUCUACGUUCAUUGUCGUGUUGAGGGUUUCAUUAGUGUCGAUUGCCGCUGUAGUAACUUCCAAAUACUCGUCUCCCAUGUCAAUUGAUAAAUUCAAAUCAGCCUGAGCAUUGAUAUCUUGUUGAUUAUCCAACAUUUCUUCAUCCUUCGCAAUAGUUUUAGUAAGAACGUCGAGAUUUGCUUCUUCUUCAAUUUCUUCUGCUGUAGCAUUUGUUGCGACGUCGUCAGCGAUUUCGACGACUGCAAGACUCUCGAAAAUAUUCGCAGGAAGUCUUUUCAAAGCUCUUGGCAACGUGUUACAAUUUUCUUUGCUGCAACAUUUCCAACACUCGGUGUUGUCUCUUAAGCAUGAUCACAUUUAUAGUAGCCGUCAUUUUCUUGUCCCUCAACCGUCUCACAAUGAUCCAUUGAAGGACAUGAAAAUAUAAUCGAAUAAACUCCUUCGAUUUUUGAAACUAAAGUUUCACAGAAUUCAACUCCAUCAGGACAUGCGUAAGAAAGAGAACAUUCUUCUGUUGAAUUUUUUACCUCACAAGCCAUACAACUGAUGGCAUGAGAACUUUGUACAAAAACACUCAAAAGUGGGAAAACUAGGAAAAUGAACAUUUUUCUGUUGAAAACUUUUGUAAUCGACUUGAAAGUUUGAAAUAUCGAAUGAAACU